AUGCAGAAGGUAAAGAAGAAAGAAGGGAUAGGGCUAGGGGAAGAUGAUGGGGAUGGGAUGGAAGCGUGGGAAGACGUGUCCGAAGCCAGACUGCGGGUGGAGCGCGAUGGGAAGCGGAAGCAGAAGCAAGAGACAAGAGAGAGAGGGAAGGACAGCGGCGAUCUCGACCUCAACUCUCCUCCGGCCUUCUCUCGGCUUCGGUUGAACUUCCGCUCCGGACCCCAGAUCGUGACGCGUCGGGAUGCUGUUGUUUCGAACUCUAUUAAGAUCGCUAAUGAUUCACGAAUUUUCUCUGCAGCUGUGAACUACGCUAUCCGAAAUGUGCAAUGUCCUCUGUCUGCUGUGAUGGUUCGUGGAAAGCAGUUCUGCUUCACACGCGGCCAUUUGCUUCCCCGUCCGAGAGAGAAAGAAAGACCGUGCUAUUCAUAG